AUGACUAUUUCCAGGAGACAACACUGCAUCUCACUCUUGACAGAAUGUCUUCCUGUUUGCUUUGUAGGUUUCACAGCAGCAGCCUCCCUGGUGUCUUUGGCUUGGGCCUUGGCCUCAUACCAGAAGGCCCUCCGGGACUCCCGAGAUGACAAGAAGCCCAUCAGCUACAUGGCUGUUGUCAUCCAGUUCUGCUGGCACUUCUUCACCAUCGCUGCCAGGGUCAUCACCUUUGCCCUCUUUGCCUCGGUUUUCCAGCUGUACUUUGGGAUCUUCAUCGUCCUUCACUGGUGCAUCAUGACCUUCUGGAUCGUCCACUGUGAGACAGAAUUCUGUAUCACCAAAUGGGAAGAGAUCGUGUUCGACAUGGUGGUGGGGAUCAUCUACAUCUUCAGCUGGUUCAACGUCAAGGAAGGCAGGACACGCUGCAGGCUCUUCAUUUACUAUUUUGUGAUCCUUUUGGAAAAUACAGCCUUGAGUGCCCUCUGGUACCUCUACAAGGCUCCCCAGAUUGCAGAUGCAUUUGCCAUCCCGGCGCUGUGUGUGGUGUUCAGCAGCUUUUUAACGGGCGUGGUUUUUAUGCUGAUGUAUUAUGCCUUCUUUCACCCCAAUGGACCCAGAUUCGGGCAGUCACCAAGUUGUGCUUGUGAGGACCCCGUCGCUGCCUUCACCCUGCCUCCAGAAGUGGCCACGAGCACGCUGCGGUCCAUCUCCAACAACCGCAGUGUUGUCAGUGACCGCGACCAGAAAUUUGCAGAGCGGGAUGGGUGUGUACCUGUCUUUCAGGUGAGACCCACAGCCCCAUCCACCCCAUCAUCGCGCCCACCACGGAUUGAAGAAUCUGUCAUUAAAAUUGACCUGUUCAGGAAUAGGUACCCAGCGUGGGAGAGACAUGUUUUGGACCGAAGCCUCCGGAAGGCCAUUUUAGCCUUUGAAUGUUCCCCGUCUCCUCCAAGGCUGCAGUACAAAGAUGAUGCCCUUAUUCAGGAGCGGUUGGAGUAUGAAACCACUUUAUAAAAACAAAAAGACUGGGAGGAGCCACAACUGCCAGAUAAAGGGUGGUGGCAGGCCUGUGGCAAUAAUGAAACUCCAUCCUAGAGUAGGGAAAUGAGCUGUCAUGCUUGUAGUCUGACCGUCGUCAUGGUUACUGUCUGACCCUCCAUCAGCUGACUGCCUGCUGCUGGUCUUCUUUCAAACAGCAGCCCCGACAGUCUCCUGCCACUGGGAGGACUCCUGGUUGCUACCAACUUCUCCUACACUCACUGUCUUUCAGCGCAUCCACCGGAGGGUCCUAUGAAUAUGGAAAAUGUUGCCUCUGAUCCAUAGGGUGUUUUGAUGAAAUUAACUGAUCUCUGCAUAAAAAUAUAUUGUCAUAACACACAUACAUGCACACACAUACACUAACACACACACAACACCAGUCCUCUGUCAAAUAGCUUAGGUGAUUUUUCUUGAUGAAAAGCUCUGAUUCUCACAGGAAUAUUAAAACCGGGAGAGAAUAUAUCCCUCAAGACUCCAGAAAAAAAAAAGUAGUACUGCUUAGAAAAGAAUUCAUAAACCAUGCUCAUUUGGAAACCAAUACAUACCAUGUGUGAAAAGCCUGUCCAGUGGACAGCAAACUCAAGUGUGUUUACACGUGUAUUAGAAGUGAAGGAAUGGUUCGUUUUCAACACAUUUCAGGAUUGGUUUUUUAAUCUUAAGUUUCCAGUUGAGAACAUCUUUAAUGACAGAAAUCCUAUGCAGCACAUGUAUGGCGUUUGGUAAGACCAAGGAGCUCGCUAACUUAGUGACAUAAAGUAAAUGGUAAUCGUGAUUCAGUAUUCAAUUGCAAAAAUUUCAUAAAUACCGGAAGAGAAAGUGGGAAAAAAAGGCAAAAUGAGCGUCUGAUUUCUCGGCCUGUGCAGCGCACAUUGGAACGUAAGAGCAGAUUGGCGAGAGAGGACCGGGUUGGAACUGGAUGUGUCAGAUCUCAGAAGGCGUGGCUCUGCCUGAGCUCAGGUAGGCAUGAUUCCAGAACACGCCAUGCCCCAUCUUUCUAGUGCCAAACACCGUCCAAUCCCAGGAUUCACCUGGAAGCCCUGGAUAACUGAGAUGGAGCGGCAUGAGCCCCACAGAAGCGGAAACUAGAAUGAACAUUCAAGUUCUCCACUGUGUACAGACUCCCCCACCACCACCACCAAUUCAAGGUCAAAGUGAUGUGUCUUUUAGAGGCUUUGGGACACUUUUUAAACCGUCCGGGAACUUGUCAAGCUUUACUGAAGGUGAUUUGCGUUCGUUCAUUCAACAGACCCUUGAAUCUUGCACAUUCUUGACUUGUAAUAUGGUAGCCAAGCCACUGCAAGGGAAAAUUAAUCAGUUAGUGGGAAGGAGCCCUGCGCUCUGUGCUGUGUGGUGACGUGCCCGGCCGGCCAAAGAGAAAGACCCCGGUGAAAUAGAGCACUUGGGAAUUCCUGCUACUGCUUCCUCAUCAUUCAUGCUAUGAAUAUUCACCCACUUCAUUUGCUUUUGCCAGUAAGCACUGCUUUGAAAAAAAAGAAAAAGGAAAAAAAAGAUUCAAUGGAUUCCUGGGGCCUUGCAUAACUCAGAAAAUUGGUACUGGGUCAUAGGGACUCACUUUCAAUGAAUACAAAUCUACUUAUGUUUGAAAAUGAAAAAAAAAUGAUAUUGUCACCUGUUUCAUGAUUGAUCUGUCUGGGUAUAGCUGCUGUCCUUACUUCAUUUCUUGGAAGUGCCGUUGUCAGCAUUGUAAUAACAAAUUUAUACAAAUCAAAUUUAUAAUUCAAUUUCAGAGGUAAAAUCUGCAUGGCUGUAGCUAUUGAAUAAUUUGAUUCCUGCCUUGCUAGGUGGUGACACUGCCAGUUUCAAACGGAGAUGCGUUUGUAUGUGGAACUGGCUCUCCUGUUGCUUAGACCCUGGCAAAACCUUGGUUGUGACUCUAAAAUCCCCGAUCUCACAUUCUCAGUUCCCGUAUACGUAAACGGAUCGUCUCCUAAUUUAAAACCGUGCUUCUUUUCCACUUGCUUCUCUGUUUUGAAAGAACGCUUUGAGCUGCAGGGUAAGAAUGAAUCGAGUUCACGUUAUAGUUUCAGAGUUUGCAACCAAGUCAGGCAUCUAUAAGGUGUUAUGUUUUCUGUCUAAAUGCCUUCAUAUAAGAAUUUUAGGAGUUAACCAUAAAUGAAUGAGUAAAAGUCAUCCGAUUUAUCCAACAAGCAAUCUAAACGGGAAAAAAAAAAUAAGAAAAAGAAGCAGGGGUCAUUUUCCUUGUGUUUCAAAGAUGUUUCUCCUGAGCGAUAGUCCCCGUUUUAGGCGCCAGUGUCAUGCUGCGUCUCCUCCCUUGGCAAGUCAUUUUCAGAAGUGAAAUUUAAUGGUAAUAAAAGUGGCCUGCCACCAUGUGACUAAUUUGCAGUGUCAAGGCAAUGGAAACCAACACGUGGAAGAAAAUGGUUAAUUUCCUGAACUCCAAAGCCAAAAUAGGCACAAAAGGUACUCUAAUCUACCAUGAGUUGGUUGACUGUGGAGACACAGGAGCAAUAAACCGUUCCCUUCCAUAAGGCUUAUGAGUAAGCGUGCCUCUGAGUAGUGUUAGGACUGAAGGUUUCUAUUCAUGUAGAGGUCGGGGUGUGGAGAUUGAAGAGGAAACCCUUCAGUGGGUGGUCAGGAAUACUUGCCUUCUUCUAGAGCAGAGGUUCAAGGUGGCACUGCCAUUUAAUAACCAUGACAACAGAUGUGUCUGUUUAUGAAAGGCCAAAGCAUGACUGCAGUGGGAAGAGAGAGGGGAUGCCAUGGUUGCCUGUCUGAGCCUAACUCUGUCCUUAAGGAAACUGUCCCCCAUGACAAUUCUCCUUGGACACUGCAGCUGCCAACAGCUUCUGGUGGGUUAUAAGAUGCGAUCGGUUAAGGUCUUGUAAGUACUUUUGCUUGCAAGACAUGAUCCAUUGAAUUAUCCCUCAUUUUAACCACCGUGAGAUUCAGGGUCACCAUGGCCUGGCUCAUUAUCCCAUUGUCAAUAGUUCAUGACAUCACACGGACCUCUGUGUUCACAUUCACUAAACCUGGCUUGCACAUAUUAACUGACUCGUCUAAACGUAUUUUGGGUCUUGAUUCUGCCAUCAGCUAGUCUGUGCAUCGAUCCCCACAUUGGAAAAAUAAUUCUUGUGAGAAUGAUUUUUAGAAUAAUGGAAGGGGGAAAAAAACAAGUUUUCAAUGUAGACAAAAUUACUAGACCAUUGAUAGCCCUAAAGCUCUGGUUGUUCCUCACGAUUAAGUAUCUUGUCACUGGGGGCUUUUAACAUCUGAAUUUUCCAGAUGGUUGCUAAGCCAUCUUCACUAAACUGAAGUGGACACUAUGUUGUUAUUAAAAAACAAAGACUGUCCCCAUGAAUGCAAAUCUCCCAAUGGAAGUGAAGCAUUAGGUCACUCAAGGAGUAAAUUUGGUCUUUGUGAUGUCAAACAUCUGGAUAUUUGGGAAAAUCUAGGUGUUUGAAUCACAGUUUUUCAUCUGGUUGUCUGGUGUUGCCUAGAGAGACAGAAAAUGCUCAGGUGUUGUAGGCAAUGGAGUUUAACUUUCUUGUGCAGUAAUCUACUGCUGGUGAUAUUCUGCUGCUAAAUAAAAACUCUUUGUUGUGCAAAGAGAAGUAAAUAAUGCAGAGAAAUGCUAUUUGAUUUUUAUUUACUUUCAACAAACACAUGAAUGAAAGAGGUUUGAGAGGCUGUAUUCACACGUGAUUGCACCACAGGGCUGCUUCCGACAUUCGGCCCUUCCUGGCAAGGAACCUUUUCAUUCAGCCCUUUUCCAUCUUUCAUUAUUUUAUAGUUACCCCUCUGCUCUUCACAUAAGGUUAAUCAUUCACAAUGUUUGACAGAAUUGUUCAAGGGAAUACAAAUUUGUUAACUUUUUAUUCUUCAAAUGGGAGUUUUAAUUUUAAGUAUUUCUUAUAUCUUUAGGCAUAGAAUAGUUUAAACUGCUUGAUGCAGUUACUUCAGGGUGAAUUUUAUAGUAUCGAUAGAAGUAAAAUCUUUUUUUUCCCCAAAUUAAAAAAAAAUACUUUUUUUUUCUUGUGGCUUGGUUGGUCAAUGUCAUUCUGAUUACCAAAGACCAACUGGUUAUUGCAUAUUAGAAUAUUGGUGUUUUCUUUACAGUCACCAUUAAAAGAAAAAAAAAAUGAUAUCAAAGAGAAAUUGAUUUUCCAGAAAGGAUGCUUGAGCUAUUCAGACAACUCUUAUAUUUAUGAUUCUUUGUGGACAUUUCUUCCUUGUUUCCUCAGAUUUGGCUCUGGAUUGGUGAGCAUGUGUAUUUCCUCAAAUUGUGUGCUUACCUUACUUACUGUUCUGAAGCUGGGCAGAGAAACAGGCAAGCAAUUCAGCCCAAUUUUCUUUGAAGUGUGCUUAUGUUGUAAAACUUUCCCCAAGGCAUUGACAACAAGCAGGCACACGGACCACUGGGAGGGACUCAGCUAUGCAAAGAUCAUGAGGGGAUUGCCAGAGAAAAUCAAAAUGUUUGUAGGUUCUUAGAAAGUGUUUUGGUUGUGUCAAAUCCUACAUUUAGUGCCAACUUAGAACGACUUCAUGGGGUAGGCAGUUCCCUUCCUCACUGAGUCCCUCCUGCCAUCAGAUGCAGAAUUUUCCCGGAAAUCAAGUGGCCACUCCCCUUUGUGUACCAAAGGGCUCCAGCUACUGGUGUCAUGGCUCUGUGCAAACUGUGUUUUGUAAAUUCUCCUUUGGGGGCAGGUCUGUUUGCUAGUCACACACCCUUCAAAGCCUCCAGGAUGACAAAGCUGCUACCCAACUUUGCUUUGCCUUUUCCUUGGGAUCUUUACUUCACUGCAUCCUUUUCCAAAUCAUUUAUGCCUUCGUGUUAUUGACAGGAUGUUUAGUUCAAUGUUUAGGUGAAUUGGCAACAGAGAGACGAUUAGUUGGCAACUACAAAAACCUGAGACUUUUUUUUCCCAGUUAUCUCUUAUGUGAUAAUUGAAUGGAAUUUAUGGUUUAAUAGAAAACUGAAAGUCCCUGUGUUGAAUAUAAUUACUGUUUUAUUUUACUUUUUUUUAUUUGAAAGAGAGAGGAAAGGAGAGAGAGA